ACCAUUCGGUCCCACAUCACCUGGGCACUUCAGUGAACCGCAGAAAUAUCCAAAGGAGGCUCCUGUGCACCUCACAAGCUUAACAAGAUACUUGUCUGCUCAAGAGUGAAGAUUGCUGCAUAGACACAUCUCUAAGGACUAAUUAUAGAGAGUCUGCUAUAUGUCAAGCAGCAAUCACAGAACGGCAGAUAAAAAAGGAUACAGAGGCACAGUUGCUUAUUGGAGGGGUUUCAAUUCCGUUUAUGGAAUAAAAGAGCUUAUUUGCAUCAAGACACGACUGCUGGGAUUCUUUUCUAAACCAUCAAUUCCAAUACAGACAUUGUGGAUGCCAGGUGGGUUUUGGAAACUCAUUUGACUCCUCUACCUGCUAAAUUUUGAUACUAAUCCAGAAUCUCUACUCUGUGUCAUGUUCAAAAACUUCAAACUCCCGUGACUUCUUGCCCUUUCAGAUUCACAUUCUUUCAUGCACAUACCCCAGUGAGUUUUGUCUGUAACCUAACCUUUCAUUGAAUGACUUUUAACACUGAAGAACUGAGAAACACAAGAACCGUGUGACCCAUUUCUUACAUUUUGUACAGUGAUUGCCUUCACAUUUUAUAAUGGGGACUUUUAUUGGACACAUUUCUCCUGGACUAGCUUUUUUAUCUUUUGGACUUUUGUAUGCUGUCCGCUACUCCUGGAUGGUGUUAAAUGGAUGUCGGGUUCAAUAUGGUCCUCGCACCAACACAAACAAAAAAUGCUGGAAGUCAUUGCCUAUAGAAGCAGUAAUGAAGUUAGUUUAUGGCUUUAUGGCUGUUUUAGCUGAGUUUUUCUUUCCUCUGGGAGUCCAGAAAUUACGCUUUUUCCGAUCAGAUGAUCCAGAAUAUCGCUUUCAACACCCAAGUGAAUGGCAACAUGCUACCAUGUAUGGAUACUUCUGCCUAAGUGGGGUAUUAGAUAUUGUGAGUCAGUCAUGUCUCCAGAAACGUUGUCCAUUGCUUGAACACACUGGAACAACUGCUGCUUUUUUCAUUACAACGUUGCUCCUCAAGUUCCAUGGUCACGGAAAAGAGGCAGUGGAAGUACAAGUCCACCAUCUUCUACUUCUCACUACUGCUGUGACUUGUCUGAUAAUGAUUGUGGAAAUCUGGCAGCCAAACCACCCUCGACUUUGGUUUACAAAAGCCUGGCUAGUGACUGUGCAAGGAACAUGGUUGCUUCAUGCUGCCUUUAUUUUAUAUCGUCCACCAACAGGACAUGCUUGGGACUCGGGAGACCCUGCUAAUCUCAUGUUUCUCACCACCUUUUACUGUUGGCACCUGGCUCUGGAUGCAGGGCUAAUAGGUGUACUGUUUUGGAUAACUCUUAUCGUGCACAGGCGGUGGGGUAACAGAUUAGGAAGGGAUUGUUACCAGCUAGCUGGGGAUAAAGCAGAACUGGCAAAGCUCACUGGAGAGGAGGGAGAUGAGGAAUUGUAAUUUGAUUAUUAAUAUAUUCAUUAUCCAAUCAAUAUAUCAUAGUGUGAUUUUAAUACAUUUGCUUUACAAUAA